AUGAAGGCUGUAAUUUUUGUGCUCGCUACCCUACUGGCUGUGUGCGUCCCGACGUUUGGUAAACAAUGCAGCGUAACUCCGGUGAACAUCCCGAAGCAAUGGAUUACGAUGCAGCAGAGCUGCCGCUCCAGCAUGCGCCGCCAGAUCCAAAUGGAAGUUGCUGCCUCCCUGCAAUACCUUGCCAUGGGAGCACAUUUCUCUAGAGAUGGGAUCAAUCGCCCAGGCUUCGCGAAACUAUUCUUCGACGCUGGAUCGGAGGAGAGGGAGCACGCGAUGAAGCUUAUCGACUACCUCCUCAUGAGAGGUGAACUUGACACUAACGUCACAUCCCUCAUUCAAAUCAGGCCUCCAGAACGUAAAUCAUGGGAGAGCGGUGUCGACGCGCUAGAGCAUGCCCUGAAAAUGGAGUCCGAAGUCACCAAGAGCAUCAGGUCCGUGAUCAUCGCUUGCGAGUCCGACCCCAAGUUCAAUGACUACCACCUUGUGGACUACCUAACUGGCGAGUUCUUGGAAGAACAAUACAAGGGACAAAGGGACCUCGCUGGAAAGGCAUCAACUCUUAAGAAGAUGCUCGACCGCCACUCAUCACUCGGAGAAUUCAUCUUCGACAAAAAACUUCUUGGAAUGGAUAUUUAA